UCUCAUUACUUAACUAUACAGAAAAAAAUCUUUCUCGAUCGUUGCGUUUUCUUAAAGAAUAAGAUGGAUAGGCUCUUCAUUUUGUCUCUCUUGGCUCUGUUAAUGGUGACUUCUUAUCGAGCUGCGGGAGAAACAUCUUAUAGGGAGCUUGACAUUCUUGGAGAGCUUGAGAACCUUGAUGUACCUCAGGAUGAUAUUGACGAUGACGUGACGUUCUUUGAUUUCUCUUUGUUUACUAGCCAAUUUUCUGGUAAGAAUCUGGUGAAUGUGGAUAGCUUCGGUGCAGCUGGAGAUGGAGUUUCUGACGAUACUCAGGCAUUUGUAAGUGCAUGGAAGAUAGCCUGCUCUGCACCAAGAUCCGUGUUACUGGUUCCACAAGGACGUAGCUAUUUAGUAAAUGCAACCAAAUUCAAUGGUCCAUGUCAAGAAAAUUUGAUUAUUCAGAUUGAUGGAACAAUCGUUGCACCAGAUGAUCCCAGCCAAUGGAACCCUAGAUUCCAAAGGGUUUGGCUCGAGUUUUCCAAACUCCAAGGAGUUAUAUUCCAAGGAAAUGGAGUCAUUGAUGGUUCUGGUACCAAAUGGUGGGCUGCUUCUUGCAAGAAGAACAAGUCAAACGUAACAUCUUCUUCUAUAACACAACUUGAACAUUACUUCUAG